AUCCUAUAAAUACGCUUCCACCACCACCACCUCCUUCCCACGGCCACUCCUCCGCCAAUAAUCACCGCCGUCGCCACCUCCUCCUCUCCAAUUUCCCUCUCUCCCAAUCACACACACAAAAAUGAAUCACACUGUGACGCAAUUCGUGAUGGAAGCCUCCGUGGCCGAAUCCAUCGCCAAAUCCCUCAACCUCCCCUCCGUCCUCCACCUCCUCCCCCACCUCGUCCACUCCGCCCAGUCGCUCGCCCGCCCCCCGAUCUCCAGCUUCCACGUCGGCGCCGUCGGCCUCGGCUCCGACGGCCGCGUCUUCGUCGGCGUCAACGUCGAAUUCCCCGGCGUCCCGCUCCACCACUCCAUCCACGCCGAGCAGUUCCUCCUCACCAACCUCCAGUCCCACCGCUGCCCCUCCCUCCUCGCCCUCGCCGUCUCCGCCGCCCCCUGCGGCCACUGCCGCCAGUUCUUCCAGGAGCUCCGCCGCUCCGCCGACCUCCAAAUCCUCGUCACCGACCACCUCAAUUGCGUCCAGAACCACGACCGGAUCGGAAUGCCCGACGUCAAAACCCCCGAUUUCGUCCCCCUCCUCCGAUUCCUCCCCAAUCCGUUCGGCCCUCGCGAUCUGCUCGACGACGAAACCCCUCUCCUCCUCGAGAAGCACCACAAUCGCUUAGAUCUGCCCGAUCACGACGAAAAUCCCCCAAUCCUCUGCAACGGAAACCACAAUUCCCCCAAAUUAACCAAUGGAAAUCACGAAAUCGACGAAUCUCUUCUCAAAAAAGCAGCUCUGGAAGCUGCAAACGACGCUCACGCUCCCUACAGCGGCUGCCCCUCGGGGGUUGCAUUGAUGGAUUGCGAAGGAAAAGUGUACAAAGGCUCCUACGCCGAGUCUGCUGCCUAUAACCCUAGCCUCGGGCCGGUUCAGGCGGCGCUGGUGGCGUAUAUCGCCCGAGGCGGAGGCGAUUACGAGAGGAUCGUGGCGGCCGCGCUGGUCGAGACUAAAACGGCCAAAAUCAGGCAGGAUGACACGGCGAGGCUGCUGCUCAAGGCGAUUUCGCCCAAAUGCGAGCUUCGGGUUUACCACUGCCAAUUGGCUGGCAAUGUGUGUAAAAAGGUUCCUGCCUAGCUCAUUAUCAAAUUCGAUGAUGAUCAGAAAUAUGAUAUCUUGCAACUGUAGAUUGCCCCUGCAAAUUUAUAUAUUUAUCAAUGAAUAAUUGCAUUUCGAAUA